UUUCGUGACCAUUUCUAUUAGGACUAGGACUGGUGAAAACGUGAAAUUUUAGUGGUUACAAAUGACAGAGGAAUAGAUUAAGUCGGUUAGUUCUUGUGUCACAUUCAAAAGAGAAGCUAGUUUAACAAUGUUAUCAAGAAAGUGGUGGUUAGUUUUGUCCGCGCUGGUGGUAGCUGCUUCGGCCACGACCAUCCGUAGGUUCAACCAGGACGAUGAUAUCGUUGGAGAAGAUGACGAGGCCUUCGAUGAGUACGACGAAUUUGAUAGUAACAACGUUACUAGUGUUGGCGGAAGAAAGGGAAAGAUAUUGUUUCCAUUCGUGAGUAUCGUGCGGUUCGCGAACACGGAGUGCUCGACUGCCAACUCUAUGAACGGCACGUGCCUCGCGCGGCGGGAAUGUAACAACCUUAACGGUACCAUCACGGGCACCUGCGCCACGAGGAGAGGACGGUGCUGCGUCGUGUCUCGUACUUGCGGAACUACGACGAAUGUGAACAACACUUAUUUCUCGAGCCCCGGCUACCCGGCCGCGUACGCCGGUGGGCCAGCCUGCUCCAUGAUCGUGAACCGUUGCAACGCCAACGUCUGUCAGGUAACCCACAAAUCUUACUCUGACGUCUCCGGUCACGGAAGAUUAAUAUCCGUAACUGGAGGCAACACCAUUGUGCCCCUGCUAUGUGGCGACCUCACUGGCCAGACUAUAUUCGUGGACUUCAAUGGGAACACGGCCAUCACCAUCGUGGUGAGUGCGACCCUCGCCACCACUUUCGCUAGAAGAUGGAACAUUAGGCUGGUUCAGCUUGGAUGCGACUGCCCUGGAAUAGCGCCAAACGGUUGUCUCCAAUACUACACUGGAAUAACGGGAACGAUUAACAGCUUUAACUACGGGACCGCGGCGAACACAGUGCUCAGCGCCUCCCUGGUGACGGGCACGCGGCAAAUUGUCAACUUGAACUACGGCAUAUGUAUCAGAAUGGAGGCCGGCUACUGUGCCAUACAAUAUUCACAGGUUGCAGGAGAUGCAUUCUCCUUUACAUUGACGGGGGACGUGGAGGGCGCUGACAACACGGUGCUGGGCACGCAGCUGGGCGCAGUGAACGGAGCCAACUGUCUCACCGACUUCGUGGUGAUACCCAACCCCAUAGUAGCCGCCACCGCCUUGGCUGCAGGCACUGACCGCUUUUGCGGACUUGGCUUCGUGCCUGUGCAGAGUGCAGCUAAACCAUUUGUACUGUACGUGGUAACAAACGCUAACGAGGGCGCGACGGCCGCCACGCCGCCCGAUAUCGCCAACAGAGGGUUCUCGCUAGCUUACACUCAGAUAGCCUGCUGAUCCACCUAACGUGCCUAUUGUAUCAUCAUCAUUAAAAAGCAGAACAAACAAGAAGUCAAAAGGACCAGAAAAUCUAUAUAAACCAAAAUUAAUCACCGAAAUAUUUUCUCGAAUGGCUGCACAAAAAUUUGACACCUCUAUGUUCCAUGAUAGAAAAGUUUCACGCAUUUAUUGCGAACAUCGGGCGGGAAGUAGCACCCAUGCGAAGCUGGGGUGGGUGGCUAGUAUCAUAAUAGAAAACAGUACUAAAAGCAGAUCAUUUUACCAAGUACUUAAAAGCUUGUACGCAUCUCAGGUUUCUAACAAACUAACUUGCCCUAUGCCAUUGUUUACAAGACAAAGGUAGACUACUUACAAGGGUGGACUCUUAAAAGCAUAUUGAAGGCUAUUGUCUAGGAAUCCCAUUCAAAGUAACAUGCAAUGCUACAGCAAGAUACAUAAUGAUGUAUAUACCCUGUAUACCUUAAUGCGUCAAUGUCUAGUGCAUAAAAAGGGUUAUUUGAAAGGAAGACUUUAACUCAAUUCGUAAUAUGUUAUCGUUUUCUUUUCGAAAUAUCAUAAACAUAUAGAUGUUAACGUUCUUAUGUUUAAGUUUAUCAAUAAAAAU